AUGAAGACUGCUCUGAGGGUCGCCUUCUUACUACUUCUGCUGUCUGGGAUAGCAGCAGGUAAACUCCAGAUUAUUCUUCAAAAUUAGUCUUUUUUGUUCAACAUAACCCUGCUUUGUAUCUUUGUUUCAUGAUGCUCCAAAGUCGGGACUACAUGCCCUCUAUGUCUUAUUCUUGCACAGAGGGUGCAGUGUCCAUGAGUUCCAGAAGAACGUCAUAUUUUGAUUCAUCAGACCAGUUUUCCACUUCUCUUUAGUUGCGUUUUUUAAAGCGCUCAAUCUUUUUUUUUUUUUUGUCAUCGGAGUUGCACAGGAUAUAUGAAUUCUUAAUUUUGUGUUACUUAAAAUUCAGAUAAGAAGAUAAAAAAGACAAGAUACCCAAACAUAAUCACUGAAUGAACUUAUUCAUCUGACUUUAUGUUUCACAUCCACACGCUGGCAUGUUGCAAUAAAAGGAGCUUCUUAUUUCUUCUUUCAGAGAGACUGAGAGAAGACACCAGAUGAAAAGUGUCAUUUUGUAACGGGAUUUCAGAUCAUUUAGACGAAUCAAUGGACCUUGAAUUGAUUUUACAUGGUUAAAGUUAUUUAUGUGUUGCAAAGAAAAAAAAAGAAGUACAUCACAAAUCACUUCAAACACACAAAAAAUACAUCAAUCGGAGACAAAAUUCUCAGCACCUAAAAAUUCAAAGUAUCCUGUAAAGAGGAGGUUAAAUAUCUAAACAUAAUCUUUAUCGGACACAGUAAGGAAGAAGCAGCCUCACAAGCUAUGUAUUUCUCCUGUUGUUUAAGGUUAAUUGUGACUCUUUGAUGAAUCAAGUCAAAGGUCAAAAAAUCCCUCCAUGGAUUUUCCAUUUUGUAAUCUCUGAACGCCCCCCCAGCUCAGAGUUUUGAAACAAAAGUUUCACAACAGGAUUGAAAAUCCUGUUUGCUGUGGUAACAGGAACAUGGGAGUGGAUCUUUAAAGUCAUAUAAUUGUACUGUUUGGUAAUUUAUUUUCUUCUGUCUCUCGCAAACAGCAGACAUCAACUGGUCCAGACUAAUCCCUGGAUUAGGUGAGUAGCUUCUGGAGGUAUUAACGUGGUAGAAAAAUUCAUGAGAUUUUUUUCCCCCUCUUAAGAUAGACUUAAACCGAAUGAGUCAAAUGCUCCUAAAUUCUGAGUUUUCUGUAGUAAUUAUUCCAUAUUUAAAAGAAUAUAAUAGACCAGUGGUUCUCAAAUCCAGUCCUGCAUGUUUUGGAUGUUUCCCUGUUCCAACACACCUGAUUCAAAUGAUUAGCUCGUUAGUAAGCCAUUACAGAGCUUGAUAACGAGCUGAUCAUUUGAAUCAGGUGUGUUGGAGCAGGGAAACAUCCAAAACAUGCAGGACAGUGGGCCUCGAGGACUGGACUUGAGAACCACUGUAAUAGACAACAUGGAUAUUUGAAUCCUCAACUUUACAAGUGGGGAAAAUAGGAGUAAGGCAUUAAUUAUCUUUUUUUGUUUUAGGACCCAAAACAACUGAACGCCCUGUAGGAGGAAGUGAGUCUUCAAACGUCGAAUCUGAGCACACAUAACUUUAAAUACAGUUUAUACUUCAACUUUAAUUUGAAUAUGAUUGUUUUCAGAAAGUAUAAAUCUGGAAGACGGCUUACCAGGUAUGACUUUGAUUUUUACAUGAAAAAGAAAACGACCAAAGUUAGGAUGUUUGCCUGAGUUUAUACUCUGCUGCCCCUAAGUGGCACCUAAGUGACUUACAGUAGCUUUAAAUCCGUUUGUUUUCAUGCAUUAUUUAGCUGCUUGAUCAUGUUUUUCUGACAUAUCUUGAUACAAUUAUGUAAAAUUAUGCAAAUUAUUAACAGCCUGAAAUCAAAAUAUAGUUUUAGAGGACUAAAACUGAAGCACUUUUUUGUCCAUACAUAGAUCUCAAACCGGCAAAACCCGCAAGUCCUGCAGCAGGAGGUGGUGAGUGCACAAGACGGCCAAAACAGACUAAAUACUGAACAAAUGCAGUGUUUCUCUCAUUUUCUAUAUGCUUGAAUUUAAAUUCAGAUGUGUUUAAUGUCAUAACAGAGAAUCUAAAAUCAAAGGAGGCAAAUCAUGUCAAUAAUAACAUAAUUUGGGUUUCUGUGUAACUUUGGGGUAUUUCUAUCAUAGAUGGCUUUGCUCUGGAAGAUGCAUUGGCUCCAGGUAAAGUUAUCAAUUCUCUAUAACACACUUUUAAUUAUCAGGGCUUCCUACUGUUUUAAUUUUUUUAUUAUUAUUAUUUUUAUUCCUAUUUGAAUAAUUUCUUCCAUGUUUCUUCAGCGUGUGAGACAAACAUGAUGGAAAAACUGAACAAAGUGGUGAGCAAUCAGGAGAUGAUACUGAACGCGAUAUGCAAGAGUGGAAAGUUCAGGUGUUGAGUGUUAAGAAGUUUGUAAGUGAUAUUUAUGUUUAAGUAUCUUAAUGAUCCAAUAAUUUAACCUUCUAGUCACUCUGCUCACUUUGAAUGACAGACACUCUCUUCUUUUUCCAGUGACGAUGAAGAUGAGGACACGCACAGUGAAACCAGAUGA